AUGAACUUCCAUCCUGGCCAGUGCGAAUGGAUCUAUAAUCCGGGAGACGCCAUCUCCACCGUAGCCUGUUCUGAGAAAUCGACUGGGAAGAUUUUUGUAUACAACGGACGGGGCAGUAAUCAGCCCCUGCACACGUUUGAAAAGAUGCACACUGCGCCACUGUCUCGGAUCCGCCUGAAUCCCAAGUAUCGCGUCAUAGUGUCAGCUGAUAAGACGGGGAUGUUGGAAUACUGGACGGGGCUCCCGAGCGAAUUCAAAUUUCCACGGCAGGUGGAGUGGGAGUUCAAGACAGACACGGACUUGUACGAGUUUGCCAAAUGCAGAACGUAUCCCACCAGCCUGGCGUUCUCCCAAGACGGCAAGAAAAUGGCCACCAUCGCCACUGACCGCAAAGUCAGGAUUUUCCGUUUCCUCACUGGGAAGCUGAUGAGGGUGUUUGACGAAUCAUUAACUAUGUUCACGGAGCUCCAGCAGAUGAGGCAGCAGUUGCCUGAUAUGGAGUUUGGUCGCAGGAUGGCGGUGGAGCGAGAACUGGAGAAGGUGGACGGCAUCCGACUGACCAACAUCAUCUUCGACGAGACCGGACACUUUGUGCUUUACGGCACCAUGCUGGGCAUUAAAGUCAUUAACGUGGAGACUAACAGGUGUGUGCGGAUCCUGGGCAAACAAGAGAACAUCCGUGUGGUGCAGCUGAGUCUGUUUCAGGGAGUAGCGAAGCAGCAUCAUAAACAUCACCGUCAAAUAGAUGUGCCCCCUGGCUGGACAACAAGCACAGUCUUUGGGAGAACCACUAAAGGUAUGGAGGUGGUCCAGAGGAUCUCCAACUUAAAAGUCAACCCCAAAACCGACAAACCGUAUGAAGACAUCAGCAUCAUAAACAUCAUCGUCAAAUAG